CAAUUCCGACAUUCCGGUGUUGUGUGUGGUGGUGUUAGCUGCGUUGUUGCUUAUAGUUUUUUCUGCUCAAAAAUUGCGCUUUUCUCGUCAUUCAAAACGCUUCUAAAACAAGAUAAACUGGGUGAUAAGUUGGAAUUGGCGUGUUUCGUUAUCGAAUCGUGUAUUGGGCAUUACGGAAAAGUAGUGGAAUCUCUGUGAAAAGCGUUGAGGAAAAAUCUGUGUUGGAAUGACGGCUCCAAGGGUGGAAAACCCAGGCCGCCACUGAACAAGAGAGAGAGAGAGAGAGAGCGCGAUUGCAGUAGCCGGAGACAUUUGCCGGAGAGUCGUGUGUGUCAAACAGUGAACAAUUUUCCCAGUUUUCCAGCUGAAAAAGUUGCUUUUUCCGAGUGAUUGAAGUGCGAAAGGCAAGGGAUGGCCAAUAUUGUCUUGGACAAAGACUCCUUCUUUCGCCGAAUCAAGAGGAUUUACAGCGAUUGGAAGGAGUCAUCAGUGAAGCACGAUGAUGCCCUCAUGAAGGUGGAUUGCAUUAUGUCAGCUGUUGGAGUGGACGAGGAAACAAUUUAUUCGAAAUCAACGGCUCUUCAGACUUGGCUCCUUGGGUAUGAACUCACAGACACUAUUAGUGUCUUUACCGAGGAUGCGAUCUACUUCCUGGCCAGCAAGAAGAAAAUUGAAUUCCUGAAGCAGAUUGAAAAUGCCAAGGAAGAGGAUGUUCCAGCUGUUAAGCUUCUCAUUAGGGACAGGACUGAUCAGGACAAGGCAAACUUUGCGAAACUCCUCGAAGCUAUUCGGGCGUCAAAGAAAGGGAAGACCCUUGGGGUUUUCCUGAAGGAUGUCUGUGGCGGGGACUUUUGUGAGUCCUGGCGAGCUGCUCUGAAAAAUGAGAAUUUCGAUGAAGUGGACAUUGGAGCUUCAUUGGGAUACAUUAUGUGUCCUAAGGAAGAUUCCGAGGUGUCUCUCAUUAAAAAGGCAUGUCUAGCUUCGGUGGAUCUGUUCAAUAAAUAUCUCAAGGAUCAAAUAAUGGAGAUUAUUGAUUCAGACAAGAAAGUGAAGCAUACGAAGUUGGCUGAGGGAGUAGAAACUGCUCUCAGUGAUAAGAAGUAUGUGACAAAUGUGGAUACAAGUCAGUUAGAUGUCUGCUAUCCGCCAAUUAUUCAGUCCGGAGGGAAUUACAGUCUCAAGUACAGUGCCCUGAGUGACAAGAAUUAUCUCCAUUUUGGAGCAAUUGUUUGUUCCCUGGGAACCAGAUACAAGUCAUAUUGUUCAAACAUCACAAGAACUUUGCUCGUUAAUCCGUCUGAUGUUGUCCAGGCCAAUUAUAAUUUUUUGGUGGAUCUGGAGGAGGAGGUGCUGAAGAAGAUGACGCCAGGGGAGAAGAUGUGUGAUGUGUAUGAGGCCGGAUUGGCGUAUGCACAGAAGACAAAGCCCAAUUUGGUGGAGAAUCUGGUGAAGACAUUUGGAUUUGCCAUGGGCAUUGAAUUUCGGGAGAGUUCAAUUAUAAUAGGGCCAAAAUGUUCGGCAGUAUUGAAGAAGGGAAUGGUUUUCAAUGUUAACAUUGGUCUGGCUAAUCUUACCAAUAAAGAUGCCACGGAUAAAGAGGGAAAGACCUAUGCUCUCUUCAUAGCUGAUACGGUUUUGGUGAAUGAAGAACCUCCGGUUACUGUGCUAACAGCCAGUAAGAAGAAAAUUAAGAAUAUUGGGAUCUUCCUCAAGGAUGACGAAGAGGAGGAUGAUGAGGAGGAAGAGAAGAGUUCGGAAAAGGCUCCAGAGAUUCUUGGUCGUGGCAAGAGGUCCACAGUGCUAGAGAAUAAGUUGCGUUCUGAACACAGUGCAGAGGAAAAGCGUAAGCAACAUCAAAAAGAACUUGCUCAGGCACUCAAUGAAAAGGCCAAGGAGCGUCUGGCUAAGCAGGGUGGUGCCAAGGAGACGGAAAAGGUGCGAAAGUCCACAGUGUCCUACAAAAGUAUCAAUCAAAUGCCUCGUGAGGCUGAAGUGAAAGAACUCAAGCUGUACGUUGAUCGGAAGUAUGAGACAGUAAUUAUGCCAAUCUUUGGUAUUCCUGUACCCUUUCACAUUUCCACCAUUAAGAAUAUCUCUCAGAGUGUUGAGGGUGACUAUACAUACUUGAGAAUAAAUUUCUUCCAUCCGGGAGCAACGAUGGGACGCAAUGAGGGCAGUUUGUACUUUCAGCCAGAUGCUACGUUCCUCAAGGAGGUCACAUAUCGCAGCACAAAUACCAAGGAACCAGGAGAAAUAUCGGCUCCAUCAUCGAAUCUCAAUACGGCAUUUAGGUUGAUCAAGGAAGUGCAGAAGCGCUUUAAGACCCGUGAAGCUGAAGAGCGCGAAAAGGAGGAUCUUGUGAAGCAAGAUACGUUGAUUUUGUCACAGAACAAGGGCAAUCCAAAGCUCAAGGAUCUCUACAUUCGUCCCAAUAUUGUCACCAAGAGGAUGACAGGAGCCCUAGAGGCGCACUCCAAUGGUUUUAGGUACACUUCUGUGCGCGGAGACAAAGUUGACAUUCUCUACAAUAACAUCAAAAGCGCGUUCUUCCAACCCUGCGACGGUGAGAUGAUCAUCCUGCUGCAUUUUCACCUUAAGCAUGCCAUAAUGUUUGGCAAGAAGAAGCACAUUGAUGUGCAGUUUUACACAGAAGUGGGCGAGAUUACGACAGAUCUGGGAAAGCAUCAGCAUAUGCAUGAUCGCGAUGAUCUGGCGGCUGAACAGGCCGAGCGUGAGUUACGUCACAAGCUCAAGACAGCCUUCAAGAGCUUCUGCGAGAAGGUUGAAGCCAUGACGAAGCAGAGUGUGGAGUUUGAUACGCCAUUCCGGGAAUUGGGAUUCCCGGGAGCACCAUUCCGGAGCACAGUUCUCCUGCAGCCAACAUCCGGCAGUUUGGUCAAUUUGACUGAAUGGCCACCAUUUGUCAUUCCGCUUGAGGAUGUUGAAUUAGUUCACUUUGAACGUGUCCAAUUCCAUCUUAGGAAUUUUGAUAUGAUCUUCGUGUUUAAGGAUUAUGCCAAGAAAGUGUCCAUGGUCAAUGCUAUUCCCAUGAAUAUGCUGGAUCACGUCAAGGAGUGGCUCAAUUCAUGUGACAUUCGUUAUUCCGAGGGUAUCCAAUCACUCAACUGGGCUAAGAUUAUGAAGACCAUUGUGGAUGAUCCUGAGGGAUUUUUUGAAAAUGGCGGUUGGACUUUCUUGGAUCCCGAAUCAGAUGGCGAGGAACAAGGUGGAGGUGACAGUGAUGAAUCUGAAGAAGAUGAAGUUUAUGAACCGUCGGAUGCCGAAAGUGAGGAGGAAUCCGAUGAUGACUCCGAUUACUCAGAAGCUUCAGAAGAUGACAGUGAUGAAAGUGAAGAAGAAUUGGGGACUGAUGAAGAAUCUGGAAAGGAUUGGUCAGAUCUUGAACGUGAAGCAGCUGAAGAGGAUAAAAAUAAUGCGUACAGAGAGGAUGAUAGGAGUAAGAUAUCAACAUCGUCAAAGCGUGAUCGUGGACGUGAUUAUGAUAAACACAAGUCCAGCAGUAAGCAUAGACGAGAACUGCAUUCGAAGAAUAAAAAGAAGAGCAAUAGGCCGGACAAUAGUCACUCUUCAUCUAAGAACAAGAGUUCGAGCAGUGACAAACACCAUCGAGAUCGUCAUCACGACAGCAAAAAGCGCUCCAGAGAUGACAGUCGCGACAGUGGACAUCAUCGAAGUUCUAAGAAAUCCAGGAAGUAAAAGAUGCAUAACAACGGAGUUUAAAAAAAAAAAAACAUUGAAGUAUGAAAAAAACCAAUUCCAAUAUUUUGGAUUCUUGUGUCGCAUGUUUUUUUCAAAAAUUUGACGAGCAAAUGGAGUAAUGAGAGUGAGAGAAGGAGAGGAGAAAAGGUAAGAUCCUCAGUUAUUUUUCUGUUGGAGAGUUUCCUGGAGGAUGGCGUAGUAGGCUACUGCUGCAGUGAACCACAAUUUUCUGAUUCUUUUUUAUAGUAAUAAAUAUUUGUAUAAUUUUGAGCAUA